CAUGUGCUACUUGCCCUACAAAUGUAUGUUCAGCAUGCAACUCUACCUUUGAAUGUCAGCAAAAUUUCUGCUAUACUUGCGGAAAAGCCUAUUGCGGCACAUCACCUGCAGGUAUUGCCAACAUGCAGCGAUGAAUGCCCUCAUAAUUAUAAAUGCCAUGUUUGGAAACAAGACUGCUUUACAUGCGCUCAAGCUAGAUGCGUUCCUAUAG